AUAAGGGACUGAGAGUCCUUUUCUGUAAGUUUUAAUGCAUACAUUCACGUUCCUCCCCCCCCGCACAAAAGAUGAAACCAGAGUUGAGAUGAAAUAAUGAUCCCCAUCCUUAUCCAAAUGAAUCUUCCCGAAACCUGUUGGAAAGAAGAGGAAGUUCCUUGCUGCAUUCUGCAUUCUCCCUUACAGUAUUCAGACUCUCAGAGGUUUCUGCAGAGAGUUUCUGCUAAAGCUGCAUCUGCUUCCAUCACUACAUUAAUGGAGUCAACAUUUGAAUGCAGUGAGGAAUCUGGGUGGACAACCAUCUUGUGUGACUCUCUUAGUCAAAGUAAUGAUGGUGGUGACGGUUCUAAUAGCCAUGUAGAUGAUACUGAAGAUGAUGAUAGCGGUGAUUUUGGUGUUGACGAUGAAGAUGAUGGCAGCUCGUCUUUGGCUAGUGAUGCAUGCUCCCAUGCUUAUAGGGACAUGGAAAGCUGCUUUAGCCACAGUGGGCAUUCAAAUGCUUAUGGUGACAUUGGUGUUCAAGAAACUGAUGGUGUUGCUACUGGUGGUGGCUUGUGGUAUGGUUAUAACGAUGAGGGUGGUGGAUAUGGUGGCGGUGGACGAAAUUACAGUCUCUGCUGUGAGAGCAAAGUCGGCCGUGAGAAGGACAGUGGUGCUUCAGUUAAACCGGAGCAGGAAAAGAAGAUAUUUGCAGCAAAGUCUGAACUACAAAUGCAAGCAAAUGCUGCCAAGGGACUGUUAGUGGACGAUCACAAUCAUGGUUUGAUUGUAAAUUGCCAAUUCGGUGAAGCUAUCUCAAGGACAUCCAUUUUUGAAGCCUUUAAACACCAGGCACAAUCAGAAACGCCAUAUACGUUCAGGAAAUGGUGAAUUAAUUAGCCAAAAUACGCACGCAGUAGUAGCCUGUGGAACUUAAUUAAGCAAGCCUACUCAAUUCUCUCGCGCUUAUGCAACGACUCCAACAUACUUAUAUCUGCACGAAGCUUGCCGAUGACCUUGUUCAUUUGUCUUUGUAUUGAAGAUUCUUUAGCUACGCACACCUCUUUUCAAGAUCGCAAGGAUCAGAACCAAACGAAUCAUGAUCAACCAUGUUCGACCUUUUUGCUGUCGAGGAAAGGUCCAUUUUUUAAUCCUUUGUGAAUAAUAAAGUGUGGCAGAAAAACUUCCUUGCUUGGAUUGAGAAAGUUGCCAUGAAGGUUAGCAUAGCCCAGACGUUUGGCUGUACUUUCUUGUGAAUGUUAAGUUCUGUAUCUACAAUGGAUGAGAAUUAACUUUCUAUCUCUGUGAAAAAAAAUUUGGUAUCUUUUCAUUGGUGCUCGA